AUCACAAUGGCUAUCUGACGACAUCCAUCUUAUUCUGAUUUGUUGCUGUGUUAUUGAACCACAAACCAUUCUUUGGCAUCGUCUAUAUGGAUGGAUGUGGCUAGUACUCCUUGGUGUGGCCAUACGACCAGACCGUUACCCACGGCAAGCUUUACAAGUAUCAUCCAGAUUGCCAUCUUCACGAUCAUUCCUGAUCAGUCGACAUCGUCCUGAUUACAAGUUUUCAGAGCUCUUUUGAGGAAGUAGCCUCAGGAGUGUGACAUGACGUUUCAACAGGCACACUCAAGGCUCAUACAUCACUUAGAUGGUAUGAAGACGAGCUCCUUUUGGUCGGCCAUUCAAGCAAAUGCCCAGCACAGCCUUCUGUUUCGAAUGCAACGAAACGAGCAUCGUGUGACUCCAGAUUCUUAUUAUUGUGCCAAGGUUUCGUGCUUUUGGUCUGGGAGACUGACAGCUUGUUGCUUGCUAUCAAGUCUGGCAGACGACCUGGUAUCCACACCACCAGCCUUGUUAUUGCCUUGCCGCCCCUUUUCCAAACAUGAACCGAAUGUCAACAAACAGACAAAGAACGGUAGUCGUCAACAAAAAACGACGAAUCAAAGCAAAGGAGUCUGUGGACAUAAUGUAAUGUAAGUCAAGGCACUUUGUAUCCCAGUUGUCUGUCGAAACCCCG